UUUCCAAAGACUGUUGCCGGUUUAACAAACUGACAGUACAGACUUGUAUACAUGUGUGAAGGUUUCAAUUGAGUACAUAACUGCAGUGAUAAAAAUACAAAAUUACAGUAGAUGGGCAACCAUUUUUCCUUGUUUUAGGUGUUGGAUUUGCUGAAAUCACAGUCCCGAAGGAAGGAAAAAGAGAAGCGACAGAAGUAAAAGAAUCCAGGAAUGGCAACUGGGGACUUGAAAGGAUGUCUUCGGAAGUUAGAACAAGGUCUUCGCUUGCUGAGUUACCCAAGAGAAGUGGAUUAUGCAGGCUUAGCCAAAGGUGAUCCAGCAGCAUUUUUGCCAAUAAUGAGCUAUGCAUUCAUCUCGUAUUCUGCAUAUGUUGCAGAGCAUCUGGUGGGCAGUGGAGUAGAACUCACUGGAAAAAAUGACAUGCGUUUUGUUGAAGCUGUGUUCAAGGUUCUUCGAGAUGAAUUCCAGUACAAGCCAGUAUUAACAAAACAGCAAUUUCUGCAGUGUGGGUUUACAGAAAGGAAGAUCCAGAUGGUCAGUGACACCAUUCAUUUAAUAACAAAGAAGCAUAAAGAUCUGGCUAAUUCAGACAAGACAAAGCAUCAAGCAAAAAAGAAAGUGGUUUCCAUUAAAGGUCAAGCCCAAGUAAGAUCUGAGAGAUGUACUGCUGAAACUGCACCAGUUUCUGUUUUUGAACCAGCAGAGCUAAUUAGGAAACCGCUUGUGGAACGUCAUACAGGGGGUAAUGCCAGCACUGUACAUUUCACCAGCAUCUCUCCUGCUCAUAUAGAAGACUGCCAAGUUAGUGGUGGUGACAGUGGGCAAGAGGAUUCCAUUGAAGUGCCAAACACACAAGAGUCUCCAGGUGACAGAAUACAGAUGGAGAUGGAGUCUAUGAAAUGCCAACUGUCUGAAUGUCAGGCAAAUCUUCAGAAGUUAAAUAUUAUAGAGGAGAGGCUCAAAAUUCUAGAAAACAAAAUGAAAGGAAUGGUAAUUGUAGAUGAAAAGGACUGGACUAACCUUCUAAGCAGAGUUGUCCUGCUGGAAACUGAACUGCUUAUACGAUCAAAAAAGAUGGAUAUGUCACUGGAUUUUAAUAGCAUGAUUGAAGACCGCACAUCUAGCAGAAUGCUAAAUCAGGGUUGUUCAGAUACAGAGGCAAGAGAAGAAAGUACAGAGAAACUUCAUUAUCAGUCAUCUGGAUACAGCUCAUUGCUCUCCACAGAUACAUCACCAAAAACUGGGAAUGUCAGUUCAACCAGUCUGACUGAAAUUUCAAAGGUGAAGGAAACAACAAAGCAAAGGAUGGAAAGAAUAAACAAACUGAUGACAGAAACUGAAGACCUGCUAAAAUGUGCCGACAAUUGUUAAAAAUGCCUCUACAAACCCAUUAUUUUAUAAAACAUGCACAGUUUUAAAAUUAUAUUGAUUUAUUUUUGUAUUUAAAUUUUAAAUAUAAAAUUCAAAUUUUAUAUAUGUUUUUAAAGUAAUAAAUACAUUUUGAUAUUUGUUUAUAGAUUUUAUUUUAUUUUGCAGAUAACAUUUUACUGAAUUACUGUGACAGUUGAUGCAUGCAGAGAUUAUUAAAUACUACCACAAAAUAAAAUUACCUUUUUAUACAGUUAUGCUGCUGUUGCAAGUUAUAUUCCUAUAGUUCAGCAGG